AUGCCAGUAACACUUGGAGUCUUGGACUUCGACAACCAGUUUAUGUCGGCAUCGUGGCAUGGAGUGUCCGCAAUGUCGGCCAGCCACAAGGAUCCCAGAACACUAACCAGCCUCUCAGAAGUGCUAUCAUGUCUUUCGGCCUUCCAGUCUGAAGAGGCAGAGCUUUCUAAUUCGUUGGCCGAAUUACUCAAGGCCCAGGAACCCAUUGUCUCCUCGUUAGACCGGCUUCAAUCCUUACUCCCUGAAUUCAAUGAACUACAACUAGACGCGAGACUUCUGACCACCAAGGUUUCCAGCACUGCAAAAACCGCAGAGCGGGUCGGAAGCAAAGUACGCUCUCUGGAUGAGGAAAUGGGGCGUGUACGGGAAGCGGCAGACCGUGUCGGGCAGGUAAUGGAACUCAAGUCCUCCUUAUCCGCUCUUCAAUCUUCCAUUGACUCCCAAGACUGGGAAUCUGCAGCGAGACAUUGUGCGCGUGCGAUGUCACUGCCUACAGAAGUCAUCUCGGGUCCUUUCGCAGAAAUUGCUGUUCCUACGUCCGAUAGUCAUCUGCCUCCUUCGCAGACAUUGCAGGCUGCGAGAGAAAAAUUACUUGUCGUCUUCCGUCAAAAAUUCGAAGAGGCCUCCCGCUCGCGCGAUUCCAACGCGACGAGCCGAUACUUCAAAUUAUUUCCUGCAAUCGGAUGGGAAAAUGAAGGACUUGAAGCUUAUGCAAAUUUCGUCGUGGACCUUGUUCAAGUCAGAGCUCCUGCAACGACAAAAACCUCCUCACCGAUGUAUUAUAUCACCGCUUUAACGUCCUUGUUUGAAAGCAUAGCAAUGAUUGUUGACCAACACCAACCAGUUGUGGAGAAAUAUUACGGUCCUGGAAAGAUGAAAAGCGUUGCCUGCCGCCUGCUUGACGAGUGUGAUCGAGUCACAAAAAACUUACGGACUGGAUGGGAGGAAGACAGAAUGUACCCAAAGCUUGCGGAAAUCACGAACAACCCCCCGAUGCCUCUCUACUCCUCCAAUGCCAAUGGUCGACGCCAACCUGCUGCAGAAGAAGUUAUUGUAGAUCCUCGGGAAAUCGACAAAGUUCUGUCGGAGCUCGCGGGGAUGAUAGGCCGCUGGUAUCUAUUCAAGAAAUUUCUUUCAGAGGCAUUGAAGGAAGACGUUGCAGGAGACGAUUCACCUAAAACCCCGUCUUUCCCUGGAGAAAAGGUUGAGAAGGAAAAGCCGGCCGAGAUAGAUUUACUAUCUCAAACAGCGUCGGAAGCUUUGUUCGAGGAGUUAAUCACAAUAUACUACGUCCCUUUCGAAACGUGGUAUACUCGAACGAUUGUCGACAAGGCACAUAGGCUUUCCAAGCCCGACACGCUACAAUCCCCCAUUACAACCACAACCCCCGACGACGUAUUCUACAUCUUCAAAUCUGUUGCUUCGAGGCUCUUGAGCACUGGAUGCUUGGGCUGCGUCGAUCGCAUGGUAAAACAGCUCAAAGACGUCUUUGAGAGGGACUAUGUCACUGUCAUAAAACGGAAAAUGGAUGAUGUCUACAAGAACUCGGGGCCCAUGACUUCCAACGCUCGACCUGAUAGAAUUGAACGGGAGAACCGAGUGUCUUUCAUUAUCUUGCUGAACGAUCUUGACGUUUCGACUUUGCAUUUGGAAAGAUUGAUCCAGGACCUGGCCGAAAAUCCCUUGAUAUCUCAACACUUCGUUGAAGACGAACAACUUCUUGUCAAGGAGAGAAUUUCAUCCUUCUCUCAAUUAACCUUGAGAUUGAAGUCGUCUUUGCGGUCCGGAAUAGAACAACUCUUCAAUCAAUUACUGCGUCCAAAAUUGCGUACCUUUGUCCUGGAUAUAUACAAGGACAUUACGUAUGUCUUGGAUGAAGAAGCAUACUCAUCGACUGACUACCAAGAUCUUACACGCAAGCGCUUUAUGAAAGUUUGGGAAAGUUUGGUGGAGGGAUACAAGGACACAUUUUCGGAGGGAAAUUACCGUUUGUUCAUUGGCCUUGUACUAGAUGUCCUCCUACGGCCUUGGGAGAAGUAUGUGAUGAGCUUAAAGUACACAGAGCUCGGCGCUGUACGAUUCGACCGCGAUUUGAGAGCGAUAAUUGCCUAUCUAGCCUCACAAACGACGUUUGGCGACAUUCGAGAAAAGUUCGUAAGAUUGCAGCAGAUAUCCACUCUGUUAAAUUUGGAUACCGAGGAGGACGUUGACGAAUUCUACAAUGGGUCGGGCAUAUCCUGGAAAAUAGGACCGCAUGAAGCACGAGCAAUUGCUAGUUUGAAGACAUAA